AUGAACUUCCAGAUAAUAUCAGACCUCCAUCUGGAGACGCACCCGGCGUACGACUUCGAGAUCGAGCGGACGGCGCCCUACCUCGCCCUGCUGGGGGACAUCGGCCACCUCGAGCACGCCCAGUUCUUCCCCUACGUCGAGGAGCUGCUCUCGCGCUUCGAGGCCGUCUUCCUCCUCUUCGGCAAUCACGAGCCCCAGUCGUUCACCAUGGACGCCGCCCGCCGCAGGGUGCAGGCCUUCCAGGACUCGCUCGACGCGCCCGCCUCCCUCGUCUUCCUCUCGCAGACCAGGCACGACGUCUCCGACACGCUGACCGUCCUCGGCUGCACCCUCUACUCGCACAUCCUGCCCGAGCAGGACCAGGCCGUCGCCGCCCGCAUGUCCGACUUUAGGACGAUCACCGGCUGGACGACCCAGACGCACAACCGCGCCCACCGCGCCGACCUCGCCUGGCUCAACGCCCAGGUCCGCCAGAUCGAGCAGCGAGAGCCGCGCCGCCGCAUCGCCAUCUUCACCCACCACGCCCCCAGCCUCGAUCCCCGCGCCGUCGACCCCAGGUACGCCGGCAGCGCAGUCACCUCCGGCUUCGCGACCGACCUGCGAGACCAGCCGUGCUGGACCAGCCCCGCCGUCACCGCCUGGGCCUUUGGCCACACGCACUACAACUGCGACUUCGAGCUCGGCGGAGUGCGUGUCAUCGCCAACCAGAAGGGCUACUACCUCUCGCCCAGGGACACUUUCUGUCCGGGGCGCGUUUAUUCGCUGUAG